CCCUCUCUCCCGCCUCUCUUCAGAUCAACGGAGUGGACGUCCACAACAGGGACGAGGCGGUGGCCAUCUUGUCCAGAGUGGACAGAGUCGACCUUCUCCUGUUACUGGCCAGACCAGAGAGUGCACAUCCUGGUGGAGACGCCCGGCCCGCCUCCUUCUCCUACCAGCAGGAGGAGGAGGAGGAGGAGGAGGAGGAGGAGAGAGGAGGGGGUCGUGACCCCCUGGGGUUCAGCCCAGAGAUGGACAGCGGGCUGGGGCGGACAGAGGAGUCCUCCGACCUGGUGGAGCAGAGCUGUUACACCACCUCCAGCACCCCAGGCAGCCUGGCCAUGCUCAGCCCCAGACCCAGCUCCAGCCCUGGGCCCCCCCGCGAGGACCCCGGCCAUCUCCCCCUGCAGGACCUCAGCUCAGACUCCCUGCUGGGUCUGGACUGGGGGUCAGGACCCGGGUACAGCCCCCACCACCCCCAGCCCGGCCUGUCGAUGAUGAUGAUGGUGCCGGGGCUGACGGAGGAGGAGUGUGAGCGCUACCAGGAGCUCCUGGAGAUCAAAUGUCAGUACGAGAGGACCGGGGCCGCCGCCGCUCGCUCCUCACGCCUCCUCACCGCCCAGGAGGAGGUGCAGGGGGCGAGGGACGGGGGCGACCCCGAGGAGCAGGAGGAGCAGGAGGUGCUGAGUCGGCGGGAGGUGGCGCUGAUGGAGGAGGAGCUGCGGCACCUGGAGUUCAAGUGUCGCAACAUCCUGCGGGCGCAGAAGAUGCAGCAGCUGAGGGAACGCUGCCUGAAGACCUGGAACACCGAGGAGGAGACCGUUCUGACUAACAACAACAACAACGAUGAAGACAUGGAGGAAGACGAUGAUGACGAGGAAGAUUCCCGGGAGGAACUGUCGGCCAUCAACGAGGUGCCGGAGAGAGAGAGGGCGGACGAGCGAGAGAGCACCAGUGCCUACAACACCGGAGAGAGCAGCCAGACCACGCCAUUGGUCAGCACCGAGCAGAUCCCGCCCCUCACACGAGAGGAGUACGAAGAGGACCGGAGAGGAAGAGGAGCGUUGUCCCCUCCCCCUCCUCUCCUCCUCCAGCUCAAACGCCUCCCUCCUCUCACCUCCCCCCUCACCCCCCGGCGGCACUCCAGCCUCCACUGCUCCUUCUCGCCCAACAGCUACAGGAAGUACCAGACAGCCAAUAGCAGCCCAGCUCAGGGCUCUAGCUCCACCCCUGCAACACCCUCUAAGUUCAGAUCUUUGAGCAGAGAGGCGGGGUCUAGUUCAAUGAGGGGCGUGGUCUAUGGUGGGCGGAGCCCCAGAACAGCAGGUGGCGCCCCCCUCAGCCCUGGAGGGGGCAGUGCAGAGUCCAGCCCCUACCUCAGCAGGAGACUGUACAGCCUCACCUCCCCACUGGAGCGCUACCAGAGCUGCCUGGCCCUGCCCUCCCAGGGCCUGGUCCAUGACCAGGGGCAGGAACUGGACCGGCCCCCCGCACUGGGGGGGAGGCGGGGGGGAGGAGGAGAGGGGAGGGAGGGGAGGGAGGGAGGCGGGCCAGCCAGUCCGCGGAGCGUGUGCAGCUCCCCCGGAGGUCUGGAGGACCAGCGCCGCCCCCGCGGCCGGGCCUCUCGUCUGGGAUUGGCCCUCCCCCUGGGCCCGCCCCACCAGGCCCCGCCCCCAAGCUCAUCGCCGCAAAUGGAGUGGAAGGUGAAGGUGCGCAGCGACGGGACCCGGUACGUGGGCCGGCGCCCGGUGCGGGACCGGCUGCUGAAGGAGCGGGCGCUGAGGAUCAGGGAGGAGCGCAGCGGCAUGACCACCGACGAGGAGGCAGCCAGCGAGAUGAAGCAGGGGCGCUACUGGAGCCGCGAGGAGAGGAAGCAGCAGCUCCUGCGAGCGAGGGAGUACCGCAGAAGAAGAGAGUUCAUGAUGCAGAGCCGGCUGGACUUCAGCCGCAGCCACAGGGAGGGCUGCUCCUCUCGGCCAGGAGGAGGCGCAGACGACCCCCCUCAGCCCCUCCCUCGGCAGGAAGUCCCCGGGGACAACAUCCUGCUGCUGAGCCAGAGGAGGAAGGCGAGGAAGAGGAGCAGGAGGAUCCUGGACCACUGGGCCACCAUCCAGGAGCUGCUGGCCACCGGGACCCACACCUCCGACGGGACCCGGGUCUACAGCCCCCGGCUCUCUGUGACCACCGUCUGAGAGGAGGAGGAGGAGGAGGAGGAGGAGGAGGAGGAGGAGGAAGAAGAGGAGAAGGAGGAAGAGGAGGAGGAGGAGGAGACCGGGUCUACAGCCCCCGGCUCUCUGUGACCACCGUCUGAGAGGAGGAGGAGGAGGAGGAGGAGAGGAAGAGGAGGAGGAGAGGGCAGGGGAGAUGGGUAGAGGAGAGGAGGCCGCGUCUACAGUGCCAGACUCUCAGUGACCAUGAUCUGAGAGGAGGGGAGGAAGGGGGGGGAGGAGAGGAGAGGAGGAGGCGAAGGAGGAAGAGUACAGAGGAGGUGGUGUUCUUGUGCUGAAUGUAAAGUGCCCAUCCCCGGGGGGGGCAUUCGGUGUCUACUGCUGUGUUCAUAACACUUCGUACCUGAUUAGAUAAACGAGAGAGAGAGAGAGAGAGAGAGAGAGAGAGAGAGAGAGAGAGAGAGAGAGAGAGAGAGAGAGAGAGAGAGAGAGAGAGAGAGAGAGAGAGCAUUCUUAUCUGACUAAAUUAAUAAAAUAUAUACAGUAACUGUAACUAAUGUCUGCCUUGUUUCAUAACAAUGCGUCCCCGCAUCUCAUCCGAAGGGUGACGAAUUUACCCAGAAACCAUCUUCUGGUUGCCAUAGCAACGAUCAUGCAGCAACGCUAUGGAGUCUGAGCCGUGACUCCAGAUCAUCGUCACCUGCUGGGGGCAGAACAUACCCACACCUGGUCCGGACCGCGGGGGGGAGGGGCCAUCACUCAAUCCUUACUGCCAUGGCAACGGAUAUAACAGAGAUCAUGUGUCACGACAGCGGGCGGCAGGAAAGAUUAACUGGUACCACUGGGUAGAGAGACACCAAACCAGAGAGAGAGGGAGAGAGAGCGAGAGAGAGAGAGAGAGAGAGAGAGAGAGAGAGAGAGAGAGAGAGAG